AUGAACAUGAGGCACAUGGAAGGGAAAUCGCAAUUGGCACAUCUACGGUGUUGCAAGAUACCAAAGAACAUUGGCAGUUGCAGUCUCAGCGAUAUGGGCCUCUCUGAACCUGUUUCAAUCCUUCGCCGAGGCAGAAGGAAGACGAGACUGCAGGCAUCUAUGGGACUACAGCUGAGAAACAUUCAGGUGCUGUGUCUGGUACUGGUGGUUGUGGCUGAACCGUUUCUUCGCUAUGCUGCUGCGGCUGGCGGCGUAGUCCCCCGAACGAGAAUGGCCACACCUGCAGCCGACGACGAUUCCUUGGUGCUACUGGCGAACUGCUUUCCCAGCGUUAUACUCAUUGGUUCCGGCAUCCCAUACACCUGCGAAGUUGGCUACGCCCAAACAUUGAAUGCAUCGAAGCUCUUCGCCUCGUACUACAGCUCAGACGGUCUCAAUUCUGGCUGGCCGGCGACUCUUGCCGAGGGAACCAAAAAAAUUACAUUUGUGUCUGAUCAUGGUGGUCCACCUUCAGGACGUUGGGACUUGGUCAUCACGCGGCCUUCUGGGGAUGAGGACUUUGACGUUCCUCUGACGACCAAUAAGAGCAUGGACUUCAUGCGCAUCGGUGCGACCCGUGCGAAUUUUGCUACACUCUAUCCAUAUUACGG